CCUGAAAUGAGAUGCGGACGCCACCCACCAUCGCCACUCACCGUCAGUCCCGUAUUCGUGUCUAGAACUCUCUCCCUCUCCCUCUCCCUCUCUCAAGCACACACACACAAGACUCAAAGCACCGCCAUCUUCAUAUAACGAAAUCUCAUCCAGGGUUCUGUCAGUCUGUUAGUUGCCAGUCCAGCAACCCGAAAUGGCUUUCUUAGCGUUCUUGAUGCUUAUCUUGGCCACGGCCGGCUGUUCAAGUGCAACAUACUGCAUCUGCAAAGACGGGUUGGGCGAUUCUGCUUUGCAAAAGGCCCUGGACUACGCCUGUGGAGCUGGAGCGGAUUGCAGUGCGAUUAUCCAAAACGGGGCUUGUUACAACCCAAACACUGUCAAGGACCAUUGCAACUAUGCUGUGAACAGCUACUUCCAGAAGAAAGGCGAAACCACCGGUAGCUGCGACUUCUCCGGGACCGCCACCACCUCAGCCACUAUUCCCACCCAAUCUUCUGGGUGCGUGUAUCCUGCAAGUGCCAGUUCUGCGAGCACCACUCCUUCAACCAACGGCACACCGACCGCCACUCCUUCAACCAGCACCACACCGACAACUUCCGCCACCCCAACCACCUCCACCACGCCGACCACCACCACCACCCCGAGCUCCACCCCGGUGUUCAACAGCGGCGCGGGGCUUGGUCCUACUAGCAUCACUACUGGCCCCAGUGGUGCCGCCAUGUCCAUCCAAAGAGCAAGCACGGCCCUUGCUUUUACCGCCACCUUCUGGUUUUCACUCUGGUUGGCGUUGUGGGCCUGAAGGUCCACCGAAGAUGGACCAAAAAAGGGGAGAGGAGGGAGGUGAUGUACAUCCUUUGGGGUCUGAUCUGUGGAGGAGAUUCGCCAGGGCUGCGCCAUCAGAAUGGCAUCAUCUUGUGGUGUUUGGGGAAUCAUAUCAUCAAAGAGAUAGACCCCACUAGGGUUUUCCUGUCGUUUUCCUCCCUCCCUGUGUGAUAAAAAGAACAAAAAAAAAAAAAAAAAGGUUGGGAAUUUGAUUCCUUGUUUUUCUUAUGAGUGGUGACGUGACCACCAGUGGGGCAGGAGGAGAGAUGGAUCUUUUUCUUUUUAGCUAGAGAUUUAUUAUUACUGUAUAUUUAGGGAGUUAGUAGUAUUUUUUGUAUGUAAUAAUGUAUAACUGGUGGUGCUGCUGCUGUGCUCCUUUUCUUAUGUCUUGAUAAGUUACUCGUUUUUCUGACGAAGUGACGGCUUACCUAAACUUGUCUGAUGAUGGGUUGAGGAAAGAGAACUUUUCUCUGAUAUUUAAAGAAAUGGGAAAGUGAGGUAGGAAUUGAUAAUAA